AGAACAUGUAUAUAUUCAUUAUUAGUUGAUUAACAAGAUUGCAGAAGCUUUCCCAAUAGGCAAGAAGAAGAUAGAAAAUGGGCGAAAUGGAUCAAGUAAGACCGCUGGCACCAGCUUCCGAUCGAAUGAAUAGCGACGAGGAGGAUGGGAAGAAGCGACCAUCACCCAAAAAGCUCCAAAAGCGUCGUUGCAUUAUCUGCUGUGGUUGCUGCGCAGCGACAACACUAAUUCUUGCCAUAGUAAUCCUUGUGUUGGCUCUCACUGUUUUCAGAGUCAGAGACCCUGAUAUGACAUUGAAUUCCAUUAUCAUCGAUAGGAUGAAAUUCAACAAAGAAACUACAUCAAAUCCAUCCAUCAACAUGACACUUAAGGCUGAUGUCUCCAUAAAGAACCCCAACAUCGCUUCCUUCAAAUUCGGCAACAGCACCACCCUUAUCUAUUACCGUGGCACGUCAGUAGGCCAGGCCUACACUCCUGCUGGGAAGGCAUCGGCAAAGCGCACGCUACAGAUGAAUGUUACGAUUGAUGUGCUCGCAGACCGGCUGAUAGGGGACAUGGACCUCUAUAAAGAUCUCAUCUCAGGAUCUCUCCAAGUAAAUAGCCACACGAAGAUCGGCGGGAGGGUGAAUUUACUAAACAUAUUUAAGCGUCAUGUUGAUGUUGAGAUGAAUUGCAACAUAACUGUGUCAUUGAAUAACAAUGCAAUCUCUGAUCAAAAGUGUAAGCGAAGUGUAAAACUCUAAGGAGCGGGAAUUCUGGUUUUCAUGUUCAUCUAUCCACCAACUCAUGGAAGAGGGUAAGAAUUACCAAAAGGUGAAGUAGAAUUGUAUAUUUGUGAGUUUUUCAAGUGCUGAGAUAUGUUGAAAGCAGAUUCUAUCACA